ACCCCUGCAUUUGACCAUCAAGCUCUUGUUUCUUAAUUUAUUUCAUCUGGGUUUUUCUUAAGAAUUCCAAAAGUAUCAAUCUUUGGUCUGGGUUUUUCUCAAAAAUUCCGAAAGCAAGAACUGUCGGAUGUCGUCGCAGAAGCUCCUUGCCAACGGUUCUGUUAAGUCCGAUGCAGUGAAUAUGAACGUGGGGCCUUUCUCGUUCACGCCGAUUUUCGACGAGCUGCCGGUGGCCACCAUUGUGUCAGUUUCGCGGCCCGAUACCGGAGAUAUUAGCCCCAUGCUUCUGUCUUACAACAUUGAGUUUCAGUACAAACAGUUCAAGUGGCGGUUGCUGAAGAAAGCGUCACAAGUUCUGUACUUGCAUUAUGCUUUGAAGAAGCGUGCGAUAAUUGAGGAGUUUCAUGAGAAGCAAGAGCAGGUUAAAGAAUGGCUACAUAGCAUAGGAAUAGUUGACCAGACAGCGGUAGUGCAAGACGAUGAUGAACCAGAUGAUGGGGCUGUUCCUUUACAUCACGACGAAAGUGUUAAAAACAGAUAUGUUCCAUCCCGUGCUGUUUUGCCUAUCCUCCGUCCAGCAUUAGGACACCAGCAGUCCAUUUCAGACAGAGCAAAGGUGGCAAUGCAGGGCUAUUUGAACCAUUUUUUGGGAAACAUGGAUAUAGUAAAUUCUCGAGAGGUCUGCAAAUUCUUGGAGGUCUCGAAGCUCUCCUUUUUACAGGAGCAUGGACCGAAGUUGAAAGAAGGUUAUGUAAUGGUGAAACAUCUACCAAAAUGUACCGGGGCUAAUUCUGAUGUGAAAUCUUGCGCGUACUUUUGUCUUGAUUGUUGCAGCAACAACUGGCAAAAGGUGUGGGCAGUUUUAAAACCCGGGUUCCUGGCCUUACUGGAGGAUCCUUUUGACACCAAACUUUUAGACAUUAUUGUUUUCAAUGUAUUGCCAGCUUCCAAUGGAGAUGGACGGUCUCAAAUAUAUUUGGCUAAUCAAAUAAAGGAGCGUAAUCCUCUACGUUAUACAUUUAGGGUUGCUUGUGGAAAUCAAAGCUUAAGGUUAAGAGCCACUAGCAAUGCUAAAGUUAAAGAAUGGGUUACCGCAAUCAAUGCUGCUGUUUCAAGGCCUCAUGAGGGUUGGUGUCAUCCUCAUCGGUUUGGUUCCUUUGCUCCUCCAAGGGGUUUGACUGAUGACGGAAGUCAAGCCCAAUGGUUUGUAGAUGGCGAGGCAGCAUUUGAAGCUAUUGCUUCAUCUAUCGAAGGUGCAAAAUCAGAGAUAUUCAUUACUGGCUGGUGGCUUUGCCCUGAACUGUAUCUAAGACGUCCUUUUCAUAGCAAUUCGUCGUCCCGGCUUGAUGCAUUACUAGAAGAAAAGGCUAAGCAAGGUGUUCAGAUUUACAUUCUUCUUUACAAGGAGGUUUCUAUUGCUUUAAAGAUCAACAGUUCAUACAGCAAGAAAUUGCUUUCGAACAUUCAUGAGAAUGUGAGAGUAUUGCGCCAUCCUAACCGUUUUCCCACAGGAAUUUAUUUAUGGUCACAUCAUGAAAAAAUUGUCAUUGUUGAUUACCAGAUUUGCUACAUUGGAGGAUUAGAUUUGUGCUUUGGCCGCUAUGACACGGUUGAACAUAAAGUGGGCGACUGCCCUCCUCAUAUAUGGCCUGGAAAGGACUAUUAUAACCCGAGAGAAUCCGAACCAAAUUCUUGGGAAGACGCAAUUAAAGAUGAAUUAGAGCGUGAAAAGUAUCCGCGUAUGCCUUGGCAUGAUGUCCACUGUGCUCUUUGGGGACCGCCCUGUCGUGACAUUGCAAGGCACUUUGUUCAGCGCUGGAACCAUGCUAAGAGAAACAAAGCUCCAAAUGAACAGACAAUUCCGCUACUUAUGCCUCGCCACCACAUGGUCCUUCCGCAUUACAUGGGAAGAACUAGAGAGAUAGACAUUGCGAAGAAAAACAAAGAAGACAACCAGAAUGGGACCAGCAGAGAGAACUUUUCCUCACCAUCACCGCUGCAAGAUAUUCCAUUGCUUUUGCCUCAAGAAGCGGAUGGUUUAGAUGCUCCUGUUUUAGACCAAAAGUUAAGCGCCAUGCACUUGAAUCAGAAUCUUCUCAACCAGCCAACUGAUGGUUUAGUCUCAGAUCCACAGACGAAAGGUUUCAUGGAUGACCUUCAUUCUAGGGAUCUUAAAAGUGAAGCAAAUUUAAACACGGUUACACACUCUGGCUCUACAACUCCAAAUGAAUGGUCAGAAAGUUCAGACAAUGGCGAUCAUGCUGUUGCUGCUGAUGGUUAUGGACAAAUAGGUCCUCGUACUGCAUGCGAAAUUCAGGUUGUAAGAAGUGUGAGCCAGUGGUCUGCUGGGUCUAGUCAAACGGAAGAAAGCAUACAUAGUGCUUAUUGUUCUCUCAUUGAGAAGGCAGAACAUUUUGUGUAUAUUGAGAAUCAAUUUUUUAUAUCAGGUCUUUCAGGGGAUGACAUUAUACAGAAUCGUGUCGUAGAAUCGUUGUACAGUCGUAUUGUGCUAGCACACAAAGAACAAAAGUGUUUUAGAGUUAUUGUUGUCAUACCACUAUUACCCGGCUUUCAGGGUGGUGUGGACGAUGGUGGUGCAGCUACUGUUAGAGCUAUAAUGCAUUGGCAGUACCGGACAAUUAGCUGGGAAAAACACUCAAUACUGCAUAAGCUUAAAGUUAAGCUCGGUACUAAGACACAUGAUUACAUUUCUUUCUACGGUCUGAGGACAUAUGGCAGACUUUUCGAAGGUGGCCCUGUGGCCACAAGUCAGGUUUAUGUGCACAGCAAAGUGAUGAUCAUAGAUGAUCGCAUUUCCUUCCUUGGAUCAUCUAAUAUUAAUGACAGAAGUCUGCUUGGAUCAAGAGACUCUGAGAUUGGUGUGGUAAUUGAGGAUAAAGAGUUUUUCGAAUCAUCUAUGAAUGGACAGCCUUGGAAGGCCGGAAAAUUUGCGCAUAGUCUUAGGUGCUCCUUGUGGUCCGAGCACCUGGGUCUUCUUGUAGGGGAGAUAAAUCAAAUCAAUGAUCCUGUAUCAGACUCAACAUACAAAGAUCUGUGGUUAGGAACUGCAAAGGGAAACUCAACUGUUUACCAAGAUGUCUUUUCUUGCAUCCCAAGUGAUUCUAUCCACUCAAGAGCUGCUCUCAGGCAAUGCAGGGCUCAAUGGAAAGAGAAACAUGGCCACACGACGAUCGAUUUGGGAAUAGCCCCCGAGAAGCUACUACAGUCUUGUGAAGGUGGAGAGGUGAAAGAAAUAGAUCCAAUGGAAAGACUGAAGCAUGUAAGGGGACAUGUUGUUUCCUUCCCUUUAGAGUUUAUGCAGCAAGAAGAUUUGAGACCAGUCUUCAAUGAAAGUCAAUUUUACACUUCCCCUCAAGUAUUUCGUUGAGCAUAUGAUUCCAUUAGGGCUUGGAGGCACCAAAAAUCUGAAAUAUAUGUGUAAAUAGUGGGAACAAUUUGUUUACUUACAAUUUGUGCAUAAUUACACACAACAAUUUAGAGAGAUGGUAUAAAAAAACACCAAAUGUAUAUAUGUACAUUUCUUUUCUUUAUUAACGAGGGAUCUAGAUUGUGAGAAAAACUUGUGUAGGACAGUUGAA